AUGAUGCGAAUUUUGGGCCUAAAAUAUGGCGAGGAUUAUUCUAUCGCAGAAAACCGCGCAAAAUUACGGUAUGGAGGCAUAAUCAUACUUACGGAUCAGGAUGAAGAUGGAUCCCAUAUCAAAGGUUUAAUUAUAAAUUUUUUGUACACAUUUUGGCCACAGUUGCUACAAAGUGGUUUUGUACAGUCGUUCAUGACACCAUUAUUGAAGGCUCGUAAUGGCUCAGAAACUAUUAAUUUUUACUCGAUGGAUGAGUACAAGGCUUGGAGAGCGAAUACCAGUAAUGCUGAUAAAUAUACAAUAAAGUACUAUAAGGGUUUGGGCACAUCAACAUCUAAGGAAGCUCGCGAGUAUUUUUCUAACUUCGAGAAACAUUUGGUUAGCUUCCGAUACGAGGACGAGGAAGAUGGUGAAAGUCUUCGAAUGGUUUUCGAUAAACGCAGAGCGGAUGAUAGAAAGGAAUGGAUCAACAAGAUGUUACAGACGGACUUCGUGGAUCAUACAGUUGUCAACGAAACAUCGUAUAGAGAAUUCGUGGAUAAUGAAUUGUUUCGAUAUUCAUUGCUUGAUUUGAAGCGAUCCAUCCCUUCUGUAGUGGAUGGUCUUAAACCAUCACAACGCAAAGUGCUUCACACGCUAUUACGAAGAAGUUCCAACAAAGAAAUAAAAGUGAAUCAACUGGCUGCCGCCGUUGCUUUGAAUGAAGCAUAUCAUCAUGGA